AAAUAACAUAUUCCGUCUUAUGUGUAUGUGCUGUUUAAGUUUUAUCGUGCAUUUUAAAUAGUUAAAUAUUACUCAGCUCUGUUAAUUGAACGAAAAUAUUGUACAAUUAUAGAAGUUUUUAAAAUAUAAUUGUUUACAGUCGUACGAUGAGUACAAAAAAAAGCGAAAACAGUGAUCAUUACACAAAUGAAUAUUCUAGAAUAAGAAAAUUGACAAGUAGAUACGACAUUAGGACACAUUCUAAUGAGUUUGGUCUGACAGAAGAUCAAGUAGCAGAAUUCAAAGAAGCGUUUAUGUUAUUCGACAAAGAUCAUGACGGGAAAAUUACCGAAGCAGAACUUGGAGUUGUUAUGAGAUCUUUAGGACAGAGGCCAACUCAAACCGAUUUACGUGGUAUGGUCAACGAAGUAGACCAAGAUGGAAACGGCAGUAUUGAGUUUAACGAAUUUCUACUAAUGAUGGCUAGAAAACUAAAGUCAGCGGACGGGGAGGAAGAAAUGCAUCACGCUUUUAACGUUUUCGAUAAGAAUGGCGAUGGUUUCAUAACAUUUGAUGAAUUGAAACGUGUUAUGUAUAGUAUAGGAGAACGACUUACCGAUGAAGAAAUCGAAGACAUGAUUAAAGAAGCGGAUCUCAACGGCGACAAAAAAAUAGAUUAUAAAGAAUUUAUUACAAUAAUAACUUCGAAAAAAUGAAAAGACAAGACAAAAUUAUAUUACUUAUAACUUAUAAGUAUAUAAUUAUUUAUCGAUAAUCGAAAAUUAUAUAGAAUUUAUUUUGUUUACUUUUAACUCCUUCGAGUUGGUCAAUUUAAAAACCACGAAUUAAUUUUAUUGAAUAAACUAUGCUGUAUAUUAUUACUUA